AUGGCGAUGAGGAUUGCUUCAAUGGUGGCAUUGCUGCUCUUCAUCGUUCCGCAGCCGAUCAUCACCGACGAGGGGAAUGAGACGGACAACCCGAAGGUGUUCAAGCCGCCCCGCACGAACGACCCGAAGAUGACGCUGCUUCCCAAGAAUAGCCCGCCUCCUCAAGUCCAAGACCACUCGCCGCCAUCGUCCUCGCCGACGCCCUCUGGCAGUACGGCCCCACCAUCACCCUCCACUGAAAUCGUGAGUAUCUAC